AUGACCUCUUUUGAAGAAGCUGAAACUGAAGAAACAGUAACAUGUCUCCACAUGACCUUUUACCACCCUUGUCAAGAGGACAAGAUGAUGUUUCGUUGCUUGAACUUCUGUAAGCGAGAACAGGUCAGGGCAGAUGAAAUGGCCAAGUUUGGCCGGGAUUCUAAUGUCUGCCAUUAUAACUUCAUGGAUGCUCGUGUGUCUCGAAUUCAGUUCUCCUUGCAGUUUUACAGGAAACUGAACAGUGCAGAACUUUGUUUUGAGAUAAAGAACAUGAGUAAGAAGACAAAACUGAUUGUGGACCAAACAGAACUGGGUUACUUAAACAAAAUCGACCUGCCAUGGAAGUGCAUCAUUUGUUUUGGGGACUACCAGAUUUUAGCAGAGACUCAAGAAGGGGAGUCCAUGGAUUAUUUUGAGACUCACUUACACUUGGCUCAAGCGCCCAUUUUACAAGAAAGAUGCCUGCCAUCACUGCAACCCGUACCAGAGAAUGACAUUUCUUCUGUGUUUCCUUCCCAAAGCAAAAGCCCCAUAGAAAUUGAUGAAAACGAGUCAUGCUAG